CUAUCACUUUGUUUCCUCUCACACCAAUCCAAAUUGCAACCUUGCUACUGCCACCGCCAAUCUCUCUACCUCUCUGGACAUUCACACAUGGCAAAAGCCUUUUCCUUGGUCAACGACAGUGGCCGCCGGGGGAAUUCAAGCCUCAACAAUUGCAGCGACGACAGCCCAUUGCCCAUCUCCUCAAACAAGGACUUCAAUGUGCCGCUGCAUUCUUCUCUCAAUCUCCACAGCGGAAAGAUGGCGAGAAAGAGGGCAGCUUCUGAUAUAGAAAUCCAGCCGGUCCAACGCUUUCUCCGUCGAACUGCCUCCCCAACGACUACCGCGGACAUAAUACCUUUGGAUGAAUUUGGGGUGUGCUCUAUCAAUAUUGUAGACACUAAUACAGGUGUUAUCAACAAUCCUAACCAGCACCAGCACCCUGACGACGUUCCCACCUACUCCACUACUAUAGUGCUACCUUCUUGCACGGAUUUGAGUGUGACGACGUCGUCGGCAGGUGGGACUGGGUCCGAGUCUGCCUUUUCCACUUCAAGCUCAAGUAACAUGAUGGGUUCCUUAUCGCCUGCUCCUCUUCCUCACAAUCUGAUUCAUCAUCGCCAAAGGCCCCAAACCCCAACCCAGACCCCUUCUAUAUGUGUUUUCUCCGGUCUGCCCUUGUUCCCCCCCGACAGGAACAAAUACGCAGCCGCUGGAGGAGCUGAACAGCUCCUUCCCAGUAGCACCAGCACCUCCUCCAAUACUGCUGCUGGCAUUGAUGGUGCAAUGUUAUUCACCAUGGAGGACAACACUACAGCAGCAGCAUGGAUCGACAGCAUCAUCAAGGAUCUCAUCCACAACUCCGCCAACGUCUCCAUACCUCAGCUCAUUCAGAACGUGAGGGAAAUCAUCCAUCCUUGUAACCCUAAUCUUGCUGCCCUCAUCGAGUACAGGCUUCGUUCUCUCACUAGCAGCGCCGGGGCUGCCGACACCCCAAACCCUGAUAAUUACCAUCCCGAGAGAAGAAGAAGAGAAUCAAUAUCAGUACCACCUAAUGUACAAAGACAAGAAGAUUACUUCCACCUUCAAGGACAAGGGCAUGGGCAGCUGUUAGCAGGAUCUUCCGGGCUUAAACUCUAUCUAGACGAAGACAACUUAUUUUCUCACACUAACACCCACUCCCCGCUAAUUCAGGACCAAUACUUGAAUUGGGGAUUUGCUCUUCCGAGAACUGCUUCUACUGCUGUGGGAGGAAAUAGCCAGCAACAGCAGCCCAUGCGCAAUAAUGAUCCAACUGCAGCAGCGGCUACUGGAGUUUCUUAUGUUUCUUCCGCUACCGUCACUAAUUUGGCCAAUCAAGUGCACCACCGAUCACAACAACAGCAGCAGUCUUCUGAGCCAGAGGAGACUCAAACCCCCCAGCCCUCGGAGCAGCAACACCGGGAUUCUCCACCUCCUCCUGAUGCUGAUGCCGCUGCCGCCGUCACCGCUGCUUCUUCAGCUUCAAGGAGUUUGAGAAACGAAGAAAUUCGACAGCAGAAGAGAGACGAACAAGGUUUGCACCUGUUGACCUUGCUCUUACAGUGUGCGGAGGCCGUAGCGGCGGAUAAUCUGGAGGAGGCAAACAACAUGCUCUUGGAAAUUUCAGAACUCUCGACGCCAUUCGGUACAUCCGCACAACGUGUGGCUGCCUAUUUCUCUGAGGCCAUGUCCGCUAGACUUGUGAGUUCGUGCUUGGGAAUUUAUGCAUCUCUGCCCGCUGUGCCGCACAGCCAGAAGAUGGUUUCGGCUUUUCAAGUUUUCAAUGGGAUCAGCCCCUUUAUAAAGUUCUCUCAUUUCACAGCCAACCAGGCCAUUCAGGAAGCCUUUGACAGGGAGGAAAGGGUGCACAUCAUAGACCUUGACAUAAUGCAAGGUCUGCAGUGGCCAGGGCUCUUUCACAUUUUGGCAUCACGGCCUGGGGGGCCUCCCUUUGUUCGCAUGACCGGGCUGGGCACCUCCAUGGAAGCCUUGGAGGCCACUGGCAAGCGUUUGUCGGAUUUUGCGGAGAAGUUAGGUCUCCCAUUUGAGUUUAACGCGGUUGCUGAUAAAGUUGGAAACUUGGAUCCUGGUAGAUUGAAGGUCAGCAAGAGGGAAGCAGUUGCAGUUCACUGGUUACAGCAUUGUCUGUAUGAUGUCAGUGGCUCAGACAACAGUACCCUCAGGCUCUUGCAAAGAUUGGCUCCCAAAGUGGUAACGGUCGUAGAGCAGGAUCUAAGCCAUGCGGGUUCCUUCUUGGGAAGAUUCGUGGAGGCAAUACACUAUUACUCGGCAUUGUUUGAUUCGCUGGGUGCCUGCUACGGGGAGGAGAGUGAAGAAAGGCAUGUAGUGGAGCAGCAACUCCUGUCGAGGGAGAUACGGAAUGUGCUAGCUUUUGGUGGUCCGUCAAGAAGCAGCGGCGACAAGUUCAACAAUUGGAGGCAGAAGCUUCUGCAGUCAGGCUUCAAGGGUAUCUCUUUGGGGGGGAAUGCUGCAGCCCAGGCCACCCUUUUGCUUGGAAUGUUUCCUUCAGACGGGUACACCUUAGUUGAGGACAACGGCACCCUCAAGCUUGGGUGGAGGGACCUGUGCUUGCUUACUGCAUCUGCAUGGAGGCCCUCCUAAAUCAUGCUUCUGCUGAAAGCCCUCCACCGUCCACGCUUCUCUCACUAAUUUUCCAUGGAUUAGCAGUUGCUAUCCUUCAUCUUUUCGCUAGCUACCUUUUCGUUCUUUUUUUUUUUCUUUUUUUUUUCCUUUUGUAAUUCUCAGAAUCAACGUGGUCUACCUUUCUAAAUCGAAUAUUUACAUAGCCUCAGCGGAGAUCUUUGUUCUUUGCUUGAGGAUCAACCCGAAAGUCUGAAUUUUACGUUGCA